AUGUUUGCUACGAUCUUGAAAGGCCUCGCUGUAAUCAUACUCUUCCUAUUUCUACAACACAGUUCUAUCCACUUCUUUCGACAGAAAACAACCAUGUAUAAUACACCUAAACUGUGUCGCUUGAUAAUCGCUGCAGAUGGCCGAUUCACCAACAAAACAAAUCUGUUGUCACCCUACGAGUCUCGCGCGCUCUCCAAUUCCAGAUUUAAAACGGCGUUUUGCAUCCGAAAUGCGUUCACGAGCUCCGACGAAGACUUUGUGACCCAGCACAUGAAGGACAUCAAGAUGCUUCUAAAUCUCACUCCUCUGGAUUGGAACCAUCUGUCCCACUCUCUCCAAGAAUCAGCACGCUACUGGGUCAACUCAUCACAGGGUACAAUCCACUUGGCCAGUAUUACUCAGACACUUACUCUGAGAUUGGUGCUGGUAGGGAUAUUCAAACUAGAACCUAGGAUUCCACCUUCUGGGGACCUCUUCUUCGCCGACUUUGCACGGUGCAUCAAUGAAUCCUGGAUCUUAGCUAAAGGGCCCGAUAUUCUUUCAUUUGAACACAAUGAAGAGCUACGGGACUGUGUCACUGCUUUCUUUCCUUCGUCUGAUCAGUUUCAGCGCGACGAAAAUCCGCUAAAUGUGAUCCUUCCGGGCUAUGAGACCACCUGGAGGGUGGCGCUACGCAUGUUCCUCGAGAUUAGGCGUGCUCAAAACGAGAUUUGGGUGGAUAAGAUGGUGAGCUUUGCACUGCACCCUACGAGGGUGCAGUUCCAGGACGUCGAAGACGGCAUUUCAGUCGAAGCAAUGGUCUCUGAGGCUCUUCGUCUGUACCCACCUACCCGACGCGUCCGCCGAACAUUCCGCUUCGAUGAUGACAAGAAUGGUGCAGUUGAUGAGACCUUUGCAGCAGAUAUUGAAGCCUGUCAUCUGGACAAGAUUAUCUGGGGAACAGACGCUUUGGAAUAUAAACCUUCGCGAUUUGCUACCUUGACCGAGGAACAGAAGGAAGCUUACAUGCCCUUUGGCAUCCCCCCUUUUUUAUGUCCUGCAAAGCCUGUCUUCGGGCCCAGGAUGGUAGGGAUGGUUGUUGGGAUUCUAUUCCUCGCAUUGCAGGAGGGAGGGAGAUGGAGGCUUGUUGGUAGGGAUAAGCACUCUGCUAAUGAUUAUGUGUCAGGUGGGCGAUUGAACAAUGACCGCAGUGCAUUUGAUGAUUUGUUUUUGUAUCUCAACGAGGAGAUGGAUGGCUGA